CGAACAUAAUCAGCACGUGGUGGCGUUCUCAUGUUUUGUUUUGAUAUAGUUAUGUUGUUUAUGUUGAGUUCAUACUGAGUACGAGUUAUAUUCGUGCGAAAAAUGGAGUAUUGGAAUAAACGGGAUCUAGUUCCUCCUGUGUUGAUUACAUUUAAAUGUAAGACAAAAAAAAGUAAAGAAGACAUUCGAAGCCUUUCCACGCUUUUAUCCACCGCAUUACAGUACUUCGAAUCGCAGAAUUCAUUCGAGAAGGCAGCCGCAUAUGUGUCUCGUUUUUCGAUCCGAUGGCACAACCGAUUCUACAACAUGCACGGAUUUCGCCUGCUAAAACAACUGAAUCAAGCGUUGCUUCGCUUCCGCAGUGUAGACAUUGUUCGGAUUUUGACUGAUCUGGUCAGCAUGAUACCCGAUGGUAGUUAUUUGGAGAAAACUGUAGACUUGCCGACGAGGGCCAGUUUAGACUAUUUGCUAGUACGUCUUCAAGGACUGACAAAGCUCUUCUGCCGCAUUGUCGUACUGUCAAAGAAUGCGACCAAAUACUAUGUAAGGUUCAUCUCGAUGGGCUAUUUUUUCAAUAUUUCUUCGAUGUUUUUGUGCUUGUUGGCUGAAGUAUGGUACAAAUCCCGGGACAUUUGUAGAAAGAUAGUGGAAUUUUACGAUCAAUUGCUACCGCUGCGCUUGUUGCUGGCCGACGAUGGAAAGGACUGGCCUUCGAAGGGCGGUAUCCUGUUACCCGACAAUUUAGCGGCUUGGUUAGGCAGUGACUGGACCGAUGAGAUUGUGAUAAAAGAAGAUCAGUUGGAAAUAUUGAACCUGCGUCCCGAUACUGAUCUGUACAUGCUGUUAAACGGCGAGGAAGAAGAUCUUUCUAACAGUAAAAAAAUUGAUGCUCUCAUUGAUGCUAAAACCAUCGUGGCCAAAACGUCCGUAGUAUCACUUCCGAAGACACUUUUGAUGGAACAUAUCAAAUCUGAUGUUGGCGAAGUAGUUGCUCGACAACCGAAGCAUUCGAUGAACGAUCAAAUUGACCAGCGAUCGGCAGAUCGCCUGAGGUCAAAGUUUGACGUGAAAAAGUUCUUGGAACAGGAAAAGCAGAAACGCAAGCAAAAUCUGUCACAGGCGCUAACAGGUAAAGUGAACUCCGCUACAUUCAAUGCUUUUGCGGCCAGUAUGAUGAGAGAAAGUGGGAAGAUGUCCACCACCGACUACGUGAAGACUUUCAAAGAAGAGCUAGCGAUUCUUACUGGAGGAGAAAAGGUGCACUCGAAAAAAAGAAAACACAAAUAAAUCCAUAAACAAGCUUGAAA